UCGCAGCAUCCUUCCCAGCAGCCUCCCUCUCCCGUGCCAGAGAAAGACUGCCAAAAAGGAAGAAAAGACAAAAGAAGGGGACGAGACUGGUCCUCGGAGGCCGUCGGAGGAAGCGAGGGGGACCCCUCGGAGGCCGCCGGGACAGGCUAACGUCGGCGCGGGACUCCCGUCCUGUGGAGAAAAUGGCUGCUUUUCAACGUAAACAGGCUGUGCUGGACCAGCAUUGCUAGAGGGAGGAGGGGCGGACAUGAAAAGAGAUGUCGCCUCUCUGCCAGCUCGGCGCCAGCUUGUCUUCAUGAUCACAAGGCCAAGGCAUCAUCCGUUCUAGCAUGACCACAACUGCGUCAGCAAUGAGACGUCACAGCCGGUUGAUAUAAAGCUCGAAACAGCGCAACGUCCAAGUCCAUCCGGCCGACCAUGGCCUUGCCCGAAGGCAAAACGACGGCAAGUUUCCUCUCGGCAGCUGCCACCGCGGCCCCGCCGCUGGCCUCCUCGAGCGCAAUGAGAGACGACGUCACGUCCAGGACGACGCUCGUGACCGUUACCGUCCCGGCCAACGAGAGCAGCUUCAACACGGCGUUCCCGGAGGCGGCCGUCGAGGGGCCGGGGAUGGGAAUGGUGCUCGUGCCCUUCGGCGUCAUCACCGUCAUCGGGCUGGCACUGGCUUUGUUGCUGUACAUUCGGAAAAGGAAGCGUUUGGAGAAGCUGAGGCACCAGCUCAUGCCCAUGUACAACUUCGACCCGGCCGAAGAACAAGACGACCUGCUGGAACAGGAACUGCUGGAUCACGGCCGGGAUGGCGCACUCGCCGGUACCAAUGCAAAGACUCUCCGGACCUCGCAGGGGACCACCCAGAGACCCAGUCGCCUGGUCUUCACAGAUGUAGCCAAAGCUCUCAACGCUUAACGCAAGCUCCUCCGUCCACGCGUUUCACUUUGUGGACGGCGGGUCGCUCAGGAGGGACAGUCGAGGAGGGAGAAGGACAAAAAUGUAAAAUGCAAAAUUUUGUGCUUCGCUGCCUUGGAUUUGAAAUGGUUCUGUGGGGAAACGGGCGCAUGCAAUGCAACAGAGCACUAUUUUCACAAUCUUACGUCCUCGCCACACAAAUGCGAUCACUUUGGCGAAAUGUUGCCGCGAUUCUGUUCUUUCCACCGUCAUCGUAAUUUUGUGUGUACCGCUGGAUGUUUUCAUUCAUCUUUACGCCAACCCUUUUGUGUCUUCCUCGCUGAAUAAUUAGCGACUUGUAUUCUAUUAAAACUGUUCC